AUGUCAAAGCGACUGGGGAUGGAUCUAUACCUGAAAGCCGAAUUCCUUCAAAUAACAGGAUGUUUCAAAGAACGCGGAGUAUGCAACACUUUACUAUUGCUAAGUGAAGAACAGAAAAAAUAUGGUGUAGUUGCCGCCAGUACGGGAAACCAUGCGUGCGCUCUGGCCUAUCACUCCACUCAAAUGGGUAUACCAAACACCGUAGUGAUGCCAGUGCAUGCUCCAAUCACUAAAAUCAAUAAAGCAGAACGACUAGGCGGAAAGAUCGUUUUGCAGGGUGAGAAUAUGGCUGAAGCCAAACGUUACGCAAUGACCAUGGCGAAGGAGAAAAAAAUGAUGUACAUUAAUGGUUUCGAUCACCCGAAUGUGAUAGAAGGCCAGGGCACGGUUGGUGCAGAGAUAAUAGAGCAAGUGCCUAAUGUGGAUGCCGUUCUAUGCCCUUGUGGUGGAGGCAGUCUGUUAGCUGGCGUCGCCUUAGCUGUUAAACAUCUCAAACCUGACACUGAAGUUUAUGGCGUUGUAACAGAUAAGACGUAUAGUAUGGUAGAAGCGCUCAGAAAGAACGAACGAAUAUUUCUCACCUUAGAACCGACAAUUGCUGAUGGAUUGGCUGUGAAUAAAGUCGGUGUUAACACCUUCUACAACCUCAAAGGAGUUCUCGAUAAAAUGGUCGUGGUUAGAGAAGAUUGGGUGGCUCGCGCCAUAAUGACUGUGAUUGAGGAAGAGAAGGUUGUAGUAGAAGGUGCCGGUGCUGUCUGUGUAGCCUCCAUUAUGGCUGGCCUGUUCCCAAACCUAAAAGGCAAAAGAGUGGUGGCAAUAUGCUCUGGAGGUAACAUAGAUUCGACGACGUUGACCCGUGCUCUAGAACGAGGUAUGGCAGCGGACGGUCGGCUGAUGAAGUUUAAGGUGACUGUGUCGGACCGACCCGGCGGGCUCGCGGACUUGUGCAGCAUGCUCGCUAGCAUGGGAGCCAGCAUGCGGGACUGUGUGCCUGAAAGAGCUUGGGUCAAAGGAGACGUAUUUAGUGUACAAAUGAAAGUGAUCGUUGAAACCAGAGGGUACGACCAUUCCAGGCAGUUGAUGGACCUAAUCAAGAAGCACUACAAAGAAUAUUACUUCCAAGAAAUGAACGAUAAGGCUGAAAAGACAGCUGGCGUCAAGCGCGGCCCCUGCCUCGCACCCAACCCUAUUUGCAUGCAGAAAUAG